AUGUCCAACUACGCUGGAAGAGGUCAUGGGGGUCUUAACCAACUAGGUGGAAUGUUUGUUAAUGGACGUCCACUUCCGGAGGUGAUCCGGCAACGCAUCGUGGACAUGGCCCACCAGGGGGUUCGGCCAUGUGACAUCUCCCGGCAGCUCAGAGUCAGCCACGGCUGCGUGAGCAAGAUCCUGGGACGUUACUACGAGACCGGCAGCAUCAAACCCGGCGUGAUCGGCGGCUCCAAGCCCAAGGUGGCCACCCCAAAGGUUGUGGAUAAAAUAGCAGAUUACAAGAAGCAGAAUCCCACCAUGUUCGCCUGGGAAAUCAGGGACAGACUGCUGGCGGAGGGAGUGUGUGACAGCGACACGGUGCCCAGCGUGAGCUCCAUUAACAGAAUAAUUCGAACAAAGGUCCAACAGCCUUUCAAUCUGCCUCUGGAUGGAAAAGGCUUGAGUCCAGGACAUACUUUAAUCCCGAGUUCAGCAGUCACUCCUCCCGAGUCUCCACAUUCAGACUCUUUGGGCUCCACCUACUCCAUCAGCGGCUUGUUGGGUAUCCCCCAACCCAGCGCCGAGGGCAAGAGGAGCCACGAUGACAGUGAUCAGGAGAGUUGUCGGCACAGCGUGGACUCUCAGGGUAGCGGAGGCGUCCCGAGGAAACAAAUGAGAGUGGAUCACUUUUCAGCCGCCACGCAACAUCUGGACUGUGGGUUUGAUCGUCACCACUAUCCCCCGGACUCAUUUGGCUCCGCCUCCAGCAGCAAGACAGAGCAGACUUUGUACCCGCUGUCGCUCAUCAAUGGCAGCCUAGACGAGGCCAAGACCAGCCUCUCAACAUCCGGCUCCUCCAUUGGACGGAAUCUGACGGCACAUCAGAGCUACACCAUGGUGACCGAAUCCCUACAGCCCCUGCCGCUAUGCCUAAAACAGGAAAUGUCCCCAGAAGUGACGAGCACGAGCCCCUCCCCAAACAUGGCAUUGUCCAACCUGGCGUUCGUGGAUCUGCAGGCGCUGCAGAAGCCCGUGUCUGUCAGCAGCAGCUGCAGCAACUCCAACCAUUUCCCCAACGCCUUCAACUCAUUCUCCCAUCAUGCACCAGUUUACGGGCAGUUCAGCAGUCAGUCUAUCAUCUCAGGUAAUUUAGGGCGUGACAUGGUGAGCUCCACCCUGCCGGGCUACCCACCACACAUCCCCUCCCAAGCUCAGUCAGGAUACUCCUCCUCUGCCAUCACAGGAAUGGUCGCAGCGGGCACAGACUAUUCGGGUCAGACCUACAGCCAUUCGCCCUACACCUACAGUGAAGCCUGGAGGUUCACCAACUCCAGCAUUCUGGGUUCACCCUAUUAUUACAGCACCGCCUCCCGCACCGCUCCACCGUCUUCAGCCGCCUACGACCACCUCUAGUCCCUCGCUGCACGGGGACCUGAAUCCACCCGGACCAAGACUGGAGAGCUCCACAUCAGCUGACACUUCUGACCCCCGAGGCCCGGAAGUCAGAGCCGGAUGUGAACUUGAGACUCUGCCCAUGGACCAGCGACACGAGUUGUUUUACCACACCUGUACUCAUAUGUUAUUUAUUUGUCAUUAUUGAUGCCAUUGCCCAGGGUGACUCUCACUCCUGCACGUUUACACAUUGCCCAAACUCCUCCUAUGCAGGGCCUGUUUCCAGAGACUCGGCCUGAGGUGCAUAUUUUCAGUUUAGAGCUCUUUUAAUGCUGUUUUGGCCAAAGACUUUCUUUUCUCGCACAUCUGCAACCUGACACCACUGAACCAGUGAAUACGGAUAUGCAACUUCUUGAACUAUGCCUGCUUUUGUUUACAUUGCUUUCUGUUCUAUAUUUUCACAAAUUGAUUAUUUUUCUUGAUCUGCGUCUGCUUGCAAAUAAAAUUCUAUGACUUGUUUUCACCUUCAAUUGAGAUCUCAAGAGCUUUUCCUGCAGUGAAAAUAGAGUAAAGUGUGAUACA